AUGUGGUUCCUGCUCCUGUAUUUCCAAAUAUCAGCUAUUCAAGGUCUCAGUGUGACUUUGCGCGGAUCCGACAGCCCUUGUAAAGGCCGGCUGGAGGUGUAUAAUGGGCAUGGCGGUAAUAAGCAGUGGGGCUUGGUGUGUCAUUACGGGUGGAUAAAAGAAAAUGGAGAGGUUGUGUGUAAAUCAAUAGGGUGUGGAAAUCAUAUGCACUCUGAUGUAGAAAGGACCCGCUACAAAGAUCCACCUCUACCUCAACAAUAUUGGAUGGAUGAAGUGAAAUGCACAUCUAAAGAAGAGAGCCUUUGGAAAUGCCUAUAUGUUGACAUAAAUGAAAAAGAAAAGUGCGAUGAAAGUAGUUUUGUUGCUGUUGAAUGCUCUGGAAAAGUUACACUGAGUUUGAAUCUGAAUGGGCAGCGUGAUAAAUGUGCUGGUGUGGUGGAGUUCUCGACACCCAACGGCAUCUUUGGGGUCUGUAAUGAUAAAUGGGAUGAAAGUAAAGCAAACAAGAUAUGUCAGGAGCUUGGUUGUGGAGAUCAUCAUUACAUCCCCAAGCUUGGAAUGUUCAAAGGACAACAGAGCAAACCAAAUGUAUUGCUUAAUUGUGUUGGCAAUGAGCAGUACUCUUGGCAGUGUAUGGAGCGGUCAGACUGCCAGGAGCGAGCCAGUGUGAUCUGCAGCAAUCACACCAGGUUCCGUCUACAAGAUGGCAGCGAUGUUUGCUCUGGGUUGGUGGAAGAGAAAACUGUCAAACAAAACUCAUGGAAUCCUCUUCAGCAGACGAACGUGAGGCCUGAAGUCAUCUGUACGCUACUGAACUGUGGUUCCACUGGAAACUUUACAAGCGCUAAUGGAACUAACAGACUGACGUGCUCAGACAGCGUGAAACUCCACAACUUCACAACAGAGUGUUUUGGAGAUGUUUCCAUUGAUGUGAAUGGUGCUAACUAUGAAGUGUGCUACAGUGAUCAGCCCCGUGAAAAUAUGGGGGCGGUGGUCUGUCGAGAGCUUGGCUGUGGUGACAUAGUGCUUGUGAAACAGGGCUCCGUUACUUCUAAUGGUUUGCUGAGUAAUGUUGAGUGUCAGGGCGAUGAGCAGUCACUGUGGCAUUGCCUGGCAAAUCAUGAGAAAAAACGUUGCACGGGAACCAAAGUUAUAUGUUCAGGCAGCUUGGAUGUACGUUUGAGUGAUGGUCUGGGUGACUGUUCUGGACGUGUAGAGGUGAAAUGGGAAGGCUCAUGGAGGCCCAUUGGCUCUGACAGGACCACUAUGAAUUCAGACGUGGUGUGUCAACAUCUCAACUGUGGUACAUCCAUUCAAAUAAAUAGAGAACUUUUCAUUGAAGGAGAAAAGGAGCCACCGGAAUGGCUAUGGAAUGUCAAGUGUAGAAACUCUUCAGUAAAGCUCCAUGAGUGUUUCGACAAUACUAACUUGAGGCUACCACGUCAAAACGAGAAAAACAUAGAAAUCAUUUGCAAAAAGGAAGAACUUAAGUUCUUUGAAGGCAAUUCUCCCUGCGAGGGAAAAGUGUGCAUCGAGCAAUUUGAUGGGUCAAAGAGCGUGGAGCCUCGAGUGGCACUUCAAAACCCCCUUGGAGAAAAAUGCUGGGGAAUGGUGAAGGUCUGCGGAGAUGUCAAGUGUGGAGGGGUUUGCAGCAGCACUUGGAGAACAAAUGAAGACUCCAAAAUGAUCUGUGGGAACCUGGGCUGUGGAAAUCCAAUUCAGGCCCAGUUACCACUUCAGAUAAAUAAUCGACCUGCCACUUACCAUAAUUGGGAACGAUUGCUCCUCUAUAAUAAGGAAGGCGAAUGCAGUGGUCCAGUAUAUGGUCUGCGAGAUGGGAACACACAGCAAGUCAGCGGGCUUGGAUGGGGCAGAGAGGAAGGACAAAAGCUGUGCGAGUAUCUACAGUGUGGAAAUUACAUAUCACACUCCACUAUAAUCAAAAACACGAACGAGUGGUGGAAGAAGACCUAUAAUUGCUCAGGGAAGAAUAAUAUUUGGGAAUGCGAGAGCAAUGAUCAGCCCAUCCAGAAUCAGCAGCAGUUAAACAUCCAGUGUGAACGUAAAUCUCCGAACAUUAUGCUCUCAAACAACUGCACAGGCGAGGUGCUCAUAGAUAAAGAGCAUGUGUGUGCAUCCCAGUGGGAUUAUGGGAUGUCCGACAAGUUAUGUGACAACCUCAAUUGUGGUAAGGCCAUCCACAGCUGGGCCACAGUCUCUGCUAAAAAAAAUCGCUGGCAUUUCAGCUGCACUGGCAAGGAGACACUGUUGUGGCAGUGUGGCUUUAAAAAUGACAGCUGUAAGAACAUCCUCUCUGUGGCCUGCAAAGAUAGUGUUGAAUUCGGCACUACUGAGAAGUGUGGCGGGAAGCUUGGGAUCAGGUAUAAAGGGCAAUGGGAAUAUGUCUGUGGAAAACUGACUGAGGCUGAUACCAAGAAGGUUUGUGAUGUGCUUAAGUGCAACGAUAGUGGAGAACUACUGCUGGAUGAACAGAAAAUAGCAAAUGAAAUAAAGGUGAAAAUUGAUUGCCCAAAAAACCAUUACAAGAUUUUUCAGUGCAUGCACCAUCUCAAAAAAGAUAAAUGCAGUCAUGGACCUGCUGAAAUCAUAUGUGAAGGUUAUACUCCAAAAGAUAAUUCUUCAGUGGGUCUGAUAUUGGGUCUGUUAGGAGGCGUGCUGGGGUUGCUGAUUUUGUUUUUAAUGUGGGCAAAUCGGAAACGCCUACUUUUAGCCUUAAGAUAUUAUAGAAAAAAUAAUGGCAAAGACGUCAACCCGGAUGUGAAUGAAAUGGAUAAGAUGGAUAGAGAGGACAGAGAUUUGUCUGAAGGAAAGGCAUCGUUUUUAGAUAAUGAUGACUACGAGGAUGUGGAUUCUGUCAUGGACAAGUCAGGAGAGGAGGAUGAAUAUGACAGAAAGACAGGUUCUUCUGGGACAGAAUAUGAUGACAUUGAGGGACAAGCCAAUGGAAUCUCUCCUUCUCAAACCCACCAUGAUGAUGACCUCAACCUCCCUCUCCUUCCCAAGAGACCCGAGAACAUUCUUGAUCAGGACACCUAUGAAGUGGAGAUAGAGAAACAGGAGGACUAUGAUGAUGUCAUACCUGUCGAGGCUGCAGCCAAUGAAAAUGCAGGGACGACAGGCACUCAAGCACAUGUAGAUGUAGACGUGGAUGAAGGUGCAGAUUCAGAUUCAGAUGCAGGUUUAGUUGCAAAUGCAGAUGCGGUAUUGGUGACCACAGAGGUAGAAGUUCACGCUCAAGCAGAGUAAUGAAGCAGCCAACGUGACCAAAUUGUUCUUAAGAGAUAAGAUUGGGUGUUCUUAUAUCAGUAGAAUAUUGGGAAGAAAAUAUGGAUAAACAAAUGCUGUUUAAUUAUGCUAGCUCUGAAGAUGUAUAAAAGAAGGGACACGUUUGGAAUAACAAAAUCUUUAAUUAUCGUCACAACAGCGUAUGAACUGAUGAAAAGAGCUCAUUUUUGUGCCGACAAACCAGUCAAACGUUUUGUCAUUCUUUAGUUUUUGAUGUGUAGUUUUGAUCUGUUUGCUUUUAGUCUGUUAAAGCUCAUGAGCAGGCCCACAUGAACUCAGCAGAAAACCUUGAAAUUAAAACGUAAUA